UUCGCAGAGGAAUAUUAAUAUAUAACAAUAAAUACAUAUAACAAAAAAAAAAUUGUUGUAACAUUUAAAAUUUGUAUAAAAGUGUAUUGUCAUGUAUGUAGAUACGCUAAUUGCUUCAAAGUCCACAUUGGCAUAUGCUCCGCGAUACCCCUUGGUUUUCGUCUAACAAAACCAAGCAGGAUUGCGUAUAAAAUAUAUUCAAAGUCCACAUUGGCGUAUUCCCGCAAUACCCCUUGAUUUUUGUGCAACAAAAACAAGCAGGAUUGUGUAAAAAACCAAAAGCGUAAUACAUAGGUACAUACAUGCAUAUGUACAAAGUGCAGUGAUCUCUAAAACGAGCGCUCAGGGUAUAGGUAUACCCUAUAGGACAUUUGAACAUCAAAUAUAUACAUAUAUAAAAAUAUAUAUAUGUAAUGAAAAGGAUAUUCUUUCCAUUCAUUGUACAUCUACUAACAGUAGAUGUCACUAGGUACAAUAUAAAACUAGACUUAAGAUAUAAUCGAACAGGUAUAAAAAUGCGACUGUAGAUGUCACUAGGUACAGGAUAAAACUAGACUUAAGAUAUAAUCGAACAGGUAUAAAAAUGCGUAUACAAAGGAACAGACGAUAGAAGCACUGUAAAUAAAACAGACGAAUAAUUGGCAUUAAAUGUCGUUUCUCUUAAUUUUAGGUAAAAUAAAAUGUAAAUAGUGUACAAUUAAAUAAAAAACUCUUAAUUUUAGCUGAAACAACAGUGUCAAUUAUUUUCCAAAAUAAUACUUCAUUAUAUAUAUAUACAUAAAAUAAUAAAAUACAUAAAAUAUUUCCGGUCGUUAAUAAAUAAUUAAAUCAAAUUUAAGCGAUUAAUUAUUUAUUUCAUUUGAAAGCUCUUAUUAACUUAAAAGAGUUCGCGAUUACAUAUAUUAUCAAACACGUAAAGCUUUAUCUUUAUAUCAGUUUCGGUCCAAACUCUUAUUUACUUAAAAGAGUUCUGGUAUAAUCGCAUAAAUACAUAUAUACUAAAAUAUUUUGAAAUCUCGGUUUAUCAAACAGCCAUUGGUUUUAUUGAUUUUUUGAAACUCUUACAUACAAAAGAGUCUUCUAUUCAACAUUUUAUAUACUAUAUACUAGUAUACUUUAUAUACUUUUCUAAACAUCUACUAGUCUAGUUUUCACUAAGACGUUUUGAUUCAUUCUAUACAUCUUUUAAAUGAGCUCAGACUCAAAGGAAUCUAAAAAAACUCAGUUGCUAAAAGUUCCAAAAAUGAUUUCAGACGAUAAAAGUCCAUGUACACCGGCAGAAGCUACACGCUCAAAGCAAAGUGCUACAAAAUUAAAGAGGGGUAAAGACAUUUCUUAUACAAAAUUCAUUGCUGAGUGACAGUUUGAUACGAUACUGCACUCAAUUUUCAUCUUCACCGAUUCAAGACAAUUCUGAAUCGGUCUUAGAAAUCAAGAAAGAUAAUUUAGACAAUUUCUGGACACGUCUCCAAGCGGCAUAUGACGCAAUCGUAGAAUCUGGCGACUCAGAUCUACCGGAAAAUUUUAAAUCCUCGGCAUACACCAAGUAUGAACACUGCCUAGACCAGUUCGAAGACACAAAGGCAAUGAUUUCUGAUCAACUAAAGCUAUUAAAAGCAAUUGCACCUACUCCACAACCGAGAGUAGAGCUGCCACAAAGACAAGCCCAAGAGGCAAGUUCAGGCAUUCACCUUAAAGUGCCAGUAUGCGACACAGAUAUAUUUCAUGCUGGUUAUGAACAGUGGCCGUCCUUCCGGGACAUGUUUACAGCUGUGUACAUAAACCAUCCCAAAUUGUCACAAGCGAAGAAAUUGUAUCAUCUCAGAUACAAAACCAAAGGUCAGGCAGGCGUAAUAGUGAAACAGUUCGCUCUCAAUGACGAACAUUUUAAUUUUGCUUGGGAAGCUCUAAAAGCACGUUAUGAAAACGAAAGAAUAUUGGUCGACAAACAGGUGACGAUAUUAAUGAAUUUACCAAAAAUUCAAAAAGAAACAAGUGAAGAGUUCAUAAAGCUUCAAUUCACUGUUUCAAAUUGUUUGUCGGUUUUAUCGAGAAUAAUUGGGACCCCAUUCUGGUAAAUAUAUGCACAGCUGCAUUACCAGAAAAAUCGUUACUUUUGUGGGAGCAAUCGCUCUCAUCGCGAAGAAAGUGCCCAACGUGGCAAAUGAAAGAAUUUCUUACUACCCAAUACGAAAUUGCAGAAAGGGUAGAUAAAAAACUAGUCAGAACGAAAAACGUUCAAAACGACCUCAAUAGAAGCUUCAAUAGACCCCAAGCAAGUAGUCACAAUAAUUUAACUAGAAGCUUUUCUAAGAAUCAAUCGUUCACAUCCGAACAAUAUAAGCAAACGUCAUGCGAAGUUUGUAGAGGAGGUCACAAACUAAAAUUAUGCGAAAAAUUCAAAAAAAAAAUGAAUGUUAGCGAUCGAAACAAUUUCGUAAGAACGAAAAAAUUAUGUACCAACUGUCUGUCACAUGCGCAUACGCUUAAAGAUUGCGAAAGCAAAUUUAAUUGCGUUUACUGCCAUAAAAGACAUCAUUCAAUGUUACAUAUAACCAAUUUUUCCAGCUCACCCCCAAACAGCGCAAACGUAAAAAGAGCAACAGGAUUAGUUGCAACGACAAAUUCUGAAAACUGCCAAGAAGCACCAUGCUGCUCAAAGGCCUUAAAAAGUCAAUCGCUACAUAGCGAAAAUCACAGUAGGGUAUUAUUACCCACAGCAGUUGUCUCCAUCGAACACCGAGGAGAACUGUUUAAACUCAGAGCCUUAAUAGACCAAGGAUCACAACGUUCAUUUAUAGCGUCUAGGGCACAAAACAGGCUACAGUUGCCAACAAAACUGGACAACUUUGAAAUCACGGGAAUGGGCGGAAGAGUUGUUCAAAACUCAAAUAAAAUCUGCCCCAUUACCCUCUUUUCCCAAAAAGCGGAUAAGCGCAUACAAGCAGAAGCUAUUGUCUUACCGCAAUUAACCAACAUGCUACCAAGCUAUCAUAUAAAUAGCAAGCAUUGGCAAAAGGUUUCACACCUAAAGCUAGCAGACCCAAACUGCAACACCCCCGCACAAAUAGAUCUCCUAUUAGGCAGCGAUCUCAUACCACAAAUUAUUCUCCAAGGUAUUGAGAAAAUUACCAAAACACUUCUGGCGCAAAAUACCAUUUUCGGAUGGGCCUAAGCGGACUAGUUGCGGAACCAGUUACAACAUUGACAACUCAAGUUGAGGAAGUCUCAAAUGAGUACCUCAAUUCACAAUUGAGAAAAUUUUGGGAACUAGAAGAACUCCCCCCCCCAUAUCAGUCACAACCCCUGAAGAUCAGUAUAGUGAGGAUUUUUACAAAGCCACAACUACUAGAUCAGAAAAUGGUCGGCACGUCGUACGACUACCACUUAAGCAACAAUUUCCUAACACACUCGCCUUAAGUCACUCUCGCACCUCUGCAAUUCAGCAGUUUCUAAGUAUGGAAAGAAACCUACUUAAAAAAGGCGAACUCA